UGGACGCCAUGAUGGUAGGUGGAACCUGUUAUCACUUAUCCACCGAUCUGCUUUUUCAACGAAUUUAAUACUGUGCAGUUUAAAUUUUAUUUUAUUAUAAAUAUUUUCCAUAGUUUUUAAUUAAAUAAAAUGUUUCAGGACGGCAUAUGUGAUACUGCCGACAUUUUAAAUAACGUUCCUGCUAAAAAGACAAUUCAUGCUGACAAUGUAGACCUUUCUGAUAAGUCAUUACAGGUGGAUAUUUCAGAUGCCCUUAGUGAAAAAGAUAAAGUAAAAUUUACUGUACAUACAACAACUACAUUACCAGAAUUUCAAAAACCAGAUAACUUAGUUGUAAGACAACAUGAAGAAUUUGUUUGGUUACAUGACCGAUUUGAAGAAAAUGAAGAAUAUGCUGGAUAUAUUAUUCCUCCUUGUCCACCACGACCAGACUUUGAUGCAUCUCGCGAAAAAUUACAAAAACUUGGAGAGGGUGAGGGUAAUAUGACACGUGAAGAAUUUAAUAAAAUGAAACAAGAAUUAGAGGCUGAAUAUUUGGCAACAUUUAAAAAAACUGUUGCUAUGCAUGAAAUGUUUUUAACUAGAUUAGCACAUCAUCCCGUUUUUCGUAAUGAUCAUAAUUUAAGAGUAUUUCUGGAAUAUGAUCAAGAUCUUUGUGUAAGAGGAAAAAAUAAAAUGGAAAUGUUUGGUGGUUUAGUAAAAUCUUUUUCUACUACUACAGAUGAAUAUUAUUUAUCUGCAACAGUAAAAGAUGUUAAUGAUUUCUUUGAUCAAGAAAUGUCUUUUUUACAAACUUAUCAUCAUAAUCUAAAAGAAGCAACAAUUCGCGCAGAUCGGCAGACAACCAAACAUAAAGAUGUAGCAGAUUCAUAUAUUAAAAUUUCCACAAAUCUUUUGCAGUUAGCUACAACUGAUACUGGUAAAUUAGAGAGAUUUUUAACAAAAAUUGCAGAAAUGUUUGAGAAAUUAAGGAAAGUAGAGGGACGGGUAGCAUCUGACGAAGAUUUAAAAUUAUCAGACACUCUACGUUAUUACAUGAGAGAUACAGCUGCAGCUAAACGACUUUUGUUUAGGAGAUUAAAAGCUUUACAUGCAUAUGAAUCUGCAAAUCGUGCUCUUGAGAAAGCUCGUGCCAAAAAUAAAGAUGUUCAUGCUGCGGAACAAGCUCAAACAGAAGCCUGUGAAAAAUUUGAACAAAUGUCAGAAAAAGGAAAAGAAGAGCUAAUGGAUUUUAAAACGAGAAGAGUAACUGCAUUUAGAAAGAAUUUGAUUGAAUUAACAGAACUUGAAAUAAAACAUGCAAAAGUAAAGAUAUUUUUUAAUAUUUCUUUCAUUAUCUUUUUUUAUCUUUCAUUUUCAUUUUUUUUAUAUAAUUAUUCAUUAUUGUAAAAAUAUUUUUGUUUUUAGGCACAUGCGGAAUUGCUCAAAAAAUGUUUAACGGUUUUACGAGAAGAGUGAUGCAGUUUUAUACUUUUCAUUGCAAAGAUUACUAUGUAAUCUACAUGAAGAUAACAAUCUAUUUAAAAUCAUAGCAAUAUAAUGGUAUUGUAAAAUAUAUAUUUUUUGUUAUCUAGAUUUAUAUAUGUUAUCUGAAAGAAAGAAUUGUAUUAUUAAUUACAAAAGAGCUUCAUAUAAAGUUAA